CCUGUCAAUAUUGAAAUGAACCGCGCACCUACUCUCUUCUCCUCCUCCGCGUCCACCGCCUUCAAGAAGCGGCACCUCUGCCUCACAGACAGGGUGCGCAAAGCAAGCACCGCCGGGCAAAGGCAAAAAAGAGCCAUCCAUCCAUCCAUCAUCCCCUUCCUCGUGCGCUGCCUCUUCUUCUCCUUCGUGCAGUACCAAGCUAAGCUAGGCAGAUAUCCAUGGUCUUUCCUCUUCUUGCUUGCCAAUUGCUGCAAGCUGCUGUAAGUAGAUAAUAGGUGUACACGUAGUAGCUAGCUAAGAGCCUAAGACAGGCAGCGAGAGCGGGGGAGAAGGAGGGAGGGAGGGGGAGAUGAAGCUCCAUUUCUUGGUGAAGGUCCUGUUCGGGCCUGUGCCGGUCUACUUCUCGGCGCUGGCCAUCCUCAUCCUGCUGACCAACGCGCAGUACUUCGGUCUGACCGGCGUGAGCGUGCCGCGCGCCACCAAGCUGGCGUCGUCCGCGCCGGUGGUGAGCGUGAUGAAGUACUGCGACAUCUUCCGCGGCGAGUGGGUGCCCGACGCGGAGGCGCCCUACUACACCCACAAGACGUGCGGCAUGAUCCAGGAGCACCAGAACUGCCUCAAGUACGGCCGCCCCGACCUCGGCUUCCUCAAGUGGCGCUGGAGGCCUUCCGGCUGCGAGCUGCCGCGCUUCGACCCCGUCCAGUUCCUCCACUUCGUCCGCCACAAGUCCCUCGCCUUCGUCGGCGACUCCCUUGCCCGCAACCACAUGCAGUCCCUCCUCUGCCUCCUCUCACAGGUGGCGUAUCCCAAGGACGUCUCGGCGAACCCGACGGACCAGAACAAGGUGUACCACUACCGGGCGUACAACUUCACCAUCAACAUGUUCUGGUCGCCGUUCCUGGUGCGGGCGCGGGAGCCGGAGCAGGACGACCCGGCGCACACGGGGCACUACAGCCUCUACCUUGACGAGCCGGACGACAAGUGGGUGUCGCAGGUGCCGCGGUUCGACUACGUGCUUGUGUCGGCGGCCAACUGGUUCUCCCGCCCCUCCCUCUUCUACGAGAAGCGGCGGCUGAUCGGGUGCAGCUUCUGCAGCCGGCAGUACGGCGUGCCGGACCUGACGCUCUACUACUCGCAGCGCAAGGCGUGGCGGGUGGCGCUGCAGGCCAUCAACGCCCUGGACAAGGUGAAGGGGCGGGUGAUCGUGCGGAUGCUGUCGCCCAUGUCGCACUUCGAGAACGGGACGUGGGACCAGGGCGGCAACUGCAGGCGCACGGAGCCGCUCCGGGGGAACCAGACGGUGGCCAUGGAGGGACGGGACCUGCGCUUCUACACGGCGCAGAUGGAGGAGUACCGCGCCGCGGAGAAGGCGGCGAGGGCAAAGGGGCUGAGGAUGAUGCUCAUGGACGCCACCGCCGCCAUGCUGAUGCGGCCCGACGGACACCCCAGCCGGUACGGGCACUGGCCAAACGAGAAGGUGCAGCUCUACAACGACUGCAUCCAUUGGUGCCUCCCCGGUCCCAUCGACAUCUGGAACGACCUCUUCUUCCAGAUGAUACUCGUCUAGCCCAAGCCCACGCCCACGCCCACGCCCACGGUGACGGUGGCGGUGGGCAGUACUACACAGAUCCAACAGAGGUCGUUCAUGCUUGAAGGCAAUUUUGAUAACGAAGAAAUGUUUCAUCUCAUCCCCCACACUCUCUCUCUCUCUCUCUCUCUCUCUCUUCCAUUCCUUUGAAUCUUUGAUUGAUGGGCGUGGUAGUAACUAUUGACGCCAA